UAAAUUAAUAAGCAGCCAACAUUAUACUAUGUAUUUUAGUCUUUUACAAAAUAUAAUAAUAAAAUCGUCGAAUUCUGUUUAUUUAAAUUAAAAUAUGAAAAUAACUAUAUUAAAAUCGUGUAAAGCGUAUGUUAUAACUUUAAAUUUAUAAAAUAUUUACUUCUAGUCUAAGAAAACUGAUCAAUAUGGGUGCAUGCUGUAGUUGGUGUAAGGACGAAGAUAUUUACAGUGGUGUAGAUCAAGAACGGACUCAUUUGCUCAUUGACCCUUCCUGUAAUAAUACAAGCAUUCAGCGAGUAACAGAAGAAUAUCAUUAUGGGUCAUUACCUAAACAAUCUGAAGAGCAAGCUGGUUUGAACCGUAUUUUAGAAGAAAUAUCUGCAAAUGUUAUUGAUGUUGGAGCAUUGCACAAUUGUAUUGACCAACAAGAAGUUUUAGAACGUCAAAAUCAUUAUAAUUCUAAACUACAAAAUUUGCCUUUGUCAUCUGUUGCUAAUACUGUUGUAAGUUUACGACAACCUCCAGUUUGUUUAUUAAAAGAUGUUCCUGGCCCUGAAAAGAUAUUAUCCAGAACACUUGAUUUGCCUGAAAAUUUCCGUGAUAUAAUGGCUCGAGUAAUUGAAAUACAAAGACUGAUAUCCAUAAUGAGUGUGGAACAUAAAGGAGAUUUAGUGGUUGAAUUUUAAAUAUAAGACAUCUUGUUAGCAACAAUAAGAUAUAAUCAAUUAUAAAUUAAAAUUUAUAUAAAUAUUUAUACAAUAUUAUACAUAUAUAACUGUGAAUAA